AACUUUUCCCUUCCUUGCCGGGUAGUUUGUUCGUUUUUCUGCUUGAGUUUACUUGGUGAGGCGCCCGUGGGCUGCCAGCUCCACCCAUGGCGGGGGCCGCCCCGACUACGGCCUUCGGGCAGGCAGUGAUCGGGCCCCCGGGCUCGGGGAAGACCACGUACUGCCUGGGCAUGAGUGAGUUCCUGCGCGCUCUGGGGCGGCGCGUGGCGGUGGUGAACCUGGACCCCGCUAACGACGGACUGCCUUACGAGUGUGCGGUGGACGUGGGCGAGCUGGUGGGGCUGGGCGACGUGAUGGACGCGCUGCGCCUGGGGCCCAACGGUGGCCUGCUCUACUGCAUGGAGUACCUGGAAGCCAACCUGGACUGGCUGCGCGCCAAGCUGGAGCCCCUGCGAGGCCACUACUUUCUCUUCGACUGCCCCGGCCAGGUGGAGCUCUGCACGCACCACACCGCCCUACGCAGCAUCUUCUCCCAAAUGGCCCAGUGGGACCUCAGGCUGACUGCUGUCCACCUUGUGGAUUCUCACUACUGCACAGACCCAGCCAAGUUCAUCUCCGUCCUGUGUACCUCCCUGGCCACCAUGCUGCACGUGGAAUUGCCCCACAUCAACCUCCUCUCCAAGAUGGACCUUAUUGAACACUAUGGGAAGCUGGCCUUCAACCUGGACUACUACACGGAGGUCCUGGACCUUUCCUACCUGCUUGAGCACCUGGCGUCUGACCCUUUCUUCCGGCGCUACCGACAGCUCAAUGAGAAGCUGGUGCAGCUGGUGGAAGACUACAGCCUGGUCUCCUUCAUCCCCCUGAACAUCCAGGACAAGGACAGCAUCCAGCGAGUCUUACAGGCUGUGGAUAAAGCUAAUGGCUACUGUUUUGGGGUUCAAGAGCAGCGAAGCCUGGAAGCCAUGAUGUCCGCUGCAAUGGGAGCUGAUUUUCACUUCUCCUCCACUCUGGGCAUCCAGGAGAAGUACUUAGCACCCUCGGAGCAGACCGCAGAGCAGGAAGCCAUGCAGCUGUGACACAUGGGCCUGGAGAGCCGGGGACACCUCAGCGAGGUACGGACCCAAAAACCACGUCCAGCCAGAGCAGAGGCUGGGAGGAAACCUCCAUCCCUGCAAAGGACUUCUAGAGAAGAAGCCACGCAUAGCACCCUUUGUGGUGCCGACAAGCUCAAGCCCCAGGAGGACUGGCUCUACAUGGGCUGCAGUGGAUGGGCAUGCUACGAUAGGAGAUGAGUCUCUAUUUUUUUGUGACCUUAAACCUUUCUUCAACCCUCUGGACCCAGGGAUUUGGAGAACAAAGAAAUGUCUUUAAUUAACGUUUUAAUUAAAUUUAAUUUAAUUAAUGUUUUUAAAU